CGAAGAACCAGCGCCGCAGCCUAGCAAGCGCCGUUCUCCACAGUUCUCCGUCGUGCUUGAAACGAGUGGCUGUUGAACACAGCGCGGCCAAUUGAAGAAGCAAAUCGGAGGGAGAAACAUGCACAAGUACGGGAAUAAAGGAAUCUCUACUCCAAGAUGAUGCUAGAAUUUGAGUUCGAUAAUUAAAAAAAAAAACACAGAAACAGGUUCUUGCUAAACCUUUAGAGUUCGAGCAACAAAACAUGGAGGACUGCAUUCCAGUUGGCUCAUAUGCUAGGCUGGAUAUCAUGGAAAUGCCCAGUGAUAUUACUUCAAAGUUAUGCAUCCUUGCUAAGACAGUCCCAGUUACAGCACAUGGCUUGUUGAAGCAUGAGUCUAAAAUAUUUGUCCUUCAUUUCAGAAGCAUUAUGAUGCCCCCAUCAAAUCCAUGGAAAAGUUAAUAUUUCAGGUUUCAGCAGUUUAUUGUUAGUUACCCCCAAAAGAGUAUCAAAAUGUAAAGCUUCUGUGAAACACACGUUUUAUAAUCCAGAGUAUGUGGUUCAAGAGUUUGAGAAGCAAAAGAAGCUGGAAGUAAUAUGGAAGGUUUUUGGAACAUGAUUUGUGGUGGGGAUUCUGGUUGUUCUGGGACAGGAGGAGAGCCUUUCUGUUAUGAUUUCAAGCUUAUGAAAGAUCCUUCCACAUGCAUCAACCAUUUGUUGACCAUUUUCUUUGAUGUGUUACUUCUGAUAAUGAUGUCACUCGUUAUGAUCCACAAGUGUUUGUCAGAACCAGUUCGGGGUCUACUCCGGGUAGAAAGAUUACCAAAGUUGCAGCUAGUUUCUGCCAUAACUAGUGGCUCUCUUGGGAUGUUGCAUUUGUGCAUAGGCAUUUGGGUUUUUGAAGAGAAGUUAAGGAAAACCCACAGUGUUCUCCCUCUAAAUUGGUGGUUACUAGAAUUCUUUCAAGGAUUCACAUGGAUGUUAAUCAGUUUAACUCAAAGUUUUCAGCUGAAACAAAUUUCAAGAGCAUGGUUGUGGGUGUUUUCUAUUCUUGUAAUCUUUGUUUCUGGCAUUUUCUGUGCUUUAUCCAUAUCUUAUGCUUUUAGCAGCAGAGAACUUUCCCUCAAGGUAGCUUUAGAUGUUCUGUCAUUUCCAGGAGCAGCUUUACUCCUCUUAUGCACAUACAAAACAUGCAAAUCUGAAGACACUGACAGAGAAAUUGAUGAAAGCCUUUAUGCCCCUUUAAAUACCAAGUUCAAUGAAGUUGAUCCUGUUAGCUAUGUAACUGCAUUUGCCAAAGCUGGAUUUUUUAGUAGGAUGUCAUUUUGGUGGUUGAAUCCAUUGAUGAAAAGGGGUCAGGAAAGAACACUUCAGGAUGAGGAUAUGCCAAGGUUGAGGGAGCCUGAACGAGCAGAAAGGUGCUAUUUCUUUUUUGAAGAUCAGUUAAACAGGCAGAAGCAAAAGGACCGAUCAUCAUCACGUUCAUCCAUUUUAUGGGCAAUAGUUUCUUGCCACAAGAGAGAGAUUUUGAUAUCAGGGUUCUUUGCACUACUCAAGGUACUCAGUUUGUCUUCUUGCCCUGUAAUCCUGAAUGCCUUUGUAUUAGUUUCUGAGGAUAAUGGAAGUUUCAAAUAUGAAGGUCAUGUAUUGGCCAUAUCACUUUUCUUUAUAAAGAUCAUAGAAUCCCUAUCUCAAAGGCAAUGGUAUUUUCGUAGUAGACUAGUUGGUAUGAAAGUUAAAUCAUUACUUACUGCAGCCAUUUAUAAAAAACAAUUGAGGUUAUCCAAUGCUGCUAGAUUGGUUCACUCUGGUGGUGAGAUAAUGAGUUAUGUGACAGUAGAUUCUUACAGAGUUGGAGAAUUUCCAUUUUGGUUUCACCAGACUUGGACAACGAUCCUCCAACUAUGUAUUGCACUAGUAAUUCUCGUUCGUGCUGUUGGACUUGCAACAAUUGCCUCAUUGGUGGUGAUAGUUCUCACUGUUCUUUUCAAUGCUCCAAUAGCAAAGUUACAGCAUAAGUUUAUGAGCAAACUGUUAAGGGCACAAGAUGAAAGAUUAAAGGCUAGUUCGGAGGCUCUAGUGAAUGUCAAAGUGUUGAAGUUUUAUGCGUGGGAAAUCCAUUUUAAAAAUGCUAUAGAAAGCUUAAGAAAUGUGGAACUUAAAUGGUUAUCUUCAGUGCUGUUACAAAAAGGAUAUAAUGUCAUUAUCUUUUGGUCUGCACCCAUGUUUGUCUCUGCUGCUACCUUUGUGGCAUGUUACUUCUUGAAAGUUCCUUUACAUGCAAAUAAUCUUUUCACUUUUGUGGCAACUUUACGUCUUGUGCAAUAUCCAAUUGCAACCAUCCCAGAUGUUAUUGGAGUUGUUAUUCAAGCAAAUAUUGCAUUUACCCGGAUUGUAAACUUCCUUGAUGCACCAGAGCUGCAGAGAGAAAAAGUCAGAAACAUGUGCUUUGACGAGAAGCUCAAGGGCACAAUUUUAAUUAACUCUGCUGAAUUUUCAUGGGAAGGUAAUGCAUCAAAGCCAACAUUAAGAAACAUAAAUUUAAAUGUUAGUCCUGGGAAAAAGAUAGCUAUUUGUGGAGAAGUUGGCUCAGGCAAAUCAACUCUCUUAGCAGCAAUUCUUGGAGAAGUCCCCAAUACCAAAGGAAAUAUUGAAGUUUAUGGGAAAUUUGCUUAUGUUUCUCAAACAGCAUGGAUACAAAGAGGAACAAUACAGGAAAAUAUUUUGUUUGGAUCAGCUUUAGAUGUUCAAAGGUAUCAAGAAACACUUCAUAGAUCCUCCCUUGUUAAGGACCUUGAGUUGUUUCCCCAUGGUGACCUCACUGAAAUAGGCGAGAGAGGAGUUAACCUAAGUGGAGGUCAGAAGCAGCGAAUUCAACUAGCCCGUGCUCUUUAUCAGAAUGCUGAUGUAUAUCUCCUGGAUGAUCCAUUCAGUGCUGUUGAUGCUCACACAGCCACAAAUUUGAUCAAUGAAUACAUAUUUGAAGGACUUACCGGAAAGACAGUUCUACUUGUGACUCAUCAAGUUGACUUCCUCCCAGCAUUUGAUUCUGUUUUGUUGAUGUCAGAUGGAAAAUCCCUACAAGCUGCUCCUUAUCACAAUCUAUUGACCUCAAGCCAAGAAUUCCAGGACCUAGUCAAUGCUCACAAAGAGACUGCUGGUUCUGACCGGCUUGUAGACGUUACUUCUUCCCAGAGACAUUCAAAUUCUGGUAGAGAGAUUAUACAAUCUUUCAAACAGGAGCAGUUUAAAGCAUUAAAUGGUGAUGAAUUAAUUAAGCAAGAAGAGAGAGAAAGAGGAUACAAAGGGCUCAAGCCUUAUUUACAGUAUCUGAAUCAGAGCAGAGGUUACAUAUACUUCUCUGUAGGCACUCUUUCUUUCCUUAUGUUUGUGAUUUGCCAGAUAAUUCAAAACUCAUGGAUGGCUGCUAAUGUUGACAACCCCCACGUCGGAACGUUGCAAUUAAUUCUUGUUUACUUGCUCAUAGGACUUGGAUCCGUAAUUUUCUUAACGAUUAGAAGUUUUCUUGUUGUUGCUUUGGGUGUUCAAUCAUCAAAAUCGUUAUUUUCACAGUUAAUGAACUCCCUUUUCCGUGCACCAAUGUUUUUUUAUGACUCCACACCUUUGGGAAGGAUACUUAGUCGGGUCUCGGCAGAUCUGAGCAUUCUGGAUCUUGAUAUCCCAUUUAACCUCACUUUUGCUGUGGGAAGUUCUAUGUGCUGUUAUGCUGAUCUUUUAGUCUUAACAGCCAUCACUUGGCAAGUCUUGUUUAUCUCUAUACCAAUGGUUUAUGUCGUAAUACGCUUGCAGAGACACUACUAUGCAUGUGCAAAAGAAUUUAUGCGGAUGGAUGGCACAACAAAAUCCUCUGUGGCUAAUCAUGUAGCUGAAACUGUUGCUGGAUCUAUGACAAUAAGGGCAUUUGCGGGGCAAGAUCGUUUUAUCAGGAAGAAUCUUGAUCUAAUUGAUGCCAAUGCUAGUCCUUUCUUCCAUAGUUUUUCCUCAAAUGAGUGGUUGAUCCAACAGUUAGAAACAGUCUAUGCGAUUGUUCUUGCCGCCACGACACUUUGCAUGGUUAUGCUUCCAACUGGGACUUUAACUUCUGGAUUUAUUGGCAUGGCUCUAUCUUAUGGCUUUUCACUAAACGACUCCUUAGUAUAUUCAAUUCGAAGCCAAUGCAUUUUAGAAAAUUACAUAGUAUCUGUAGAGAGGCUAAAUCAAUACAUGCAUAUACCAAGUGAGGCCCGAGAAGUCACAGAAGAAAAUCGUCCUCCAGUUAAUUGGCCAGCUGCAGGCAAAGUAGAAAUACAGGAUUUGCAGAUACGAUACAGGCCUGGGGGGCCACUUGUACUACAUGGUAUCACAUGCACAUUUGAAGGAGGGCACAAGAUUGGUAUUGUUGGUAGGACAGGCAGUGGAAAGUCCACACUUAUGGGUGCUUUGUUUCGUCUUGUCGAGCCAGCAGGAGGAAAAAUUGUAGUUGAUGGCAUAGACAUCUCUUCUAUUGGCCUUCAUGAUUUGAGAUCAAGUAUUGGAAUUAUACCUCAGGAUCCUACCCUUUUCAUUGGAACAGUUAGAUAUAAUUUGGACCCUUUAUCUCAACACUCUGAUCAAGAAAUAUGGGAGGUUCUUGGCAAGUGUCAGUUGCGAGAGUCUGUGCAGGAUAAAGGUGGCUUAGACUCUUCAGUUGUUGAAGAUGGAUCAAAUUGGAGCACUGGGCAAAGGCAGUUAUUCUGUUUGGGGCGUGCUCUUUUGAGGAGGAGUAGGAUAUUAGUGCUGGAUGAAGCAACUGCAUCAAUUGAUAAUGCAACUGAUUUGAUUCUACAGAAAACCAUUAAGAGUGAAUUUGCAGAUUGUACGGUAAUCACUGUCGCCCACAGGAUACCAACCGUGAUGAAUUGCACUAUGGUUCUUGGCAUCAAUGAGGGAAUGCUAGCAGAGUACGAUGAGCCAAUGAAAUUGAUGAAGAGAGAAAGAUCUUUGUUUAGGCAACUUGUUAAGGAAUACUGGUCUCAUUUUCAGUCCGCAGAAUCACAUUGGAAGUUGUGAAUUUUUUCGUGCUAGUAUUUUUCAUUGGUUUUGGUAUUAGCUAAGAGCGAAGAACCCAAUAAACUGUAUUAUUACUAGUUGAAUGUAAAAUAUAUUAUGUAGCACCACAAAGAAUGAACAAUACCAAAACUUAUAUUGUAACAAAUCUGCUUCCUUACGCUCCAAAGAUGGCAUUUUUUGCUUCAAACUAGCUUGAAUUGAA